CAAGGCAGACCCUGGCUCAUUCUUGGCCUGACACGUGGCUAAGUGGACAGACAAGCAGACAGACAGCUGAGUAGCAGAGGAUGAGCUUGUUCCUAAAGCUGCUGGCCCUCACAUUGGUCCAAUCAAUGGUCUCAGAAGGUGCAGGUGACUGGUGCUAUGAAUCCCAAAAGGAUUCACAUUGUCCAGGUCCAGCAUCAUGGCCUGGGAGCUGCCAAAAUAGCGAGCAAUCUCCAAUUGACAUUGUGAACAAGAGUACCAAGUUAAAUCGCUCACUGACGGAGAUCACAUUCACUGACUAUGACAAAAAGGAGGCUAGUCCUAUUACAAACAAUGGACACACAGUAUCCGUGACUCUUAAGAACUCAAUCAAGAUCUCCGGAGGUGGUCUGACAGGUACUUACAAGGCAACUGGAUUCCAUUUUCACUGGUCGAACUCUUUGGACAAGGGCUCUGAACACACCAUCGAUGGGAAGGCCUAUGCCAUGGAGAUGCACAUUGUCCAUAUCAAGGACAAAUUUGAGGACAUAUCAGAGGCACUCGCCUCACCUGACAGAGAUGCAGUUGCUGUCCUGGGAUUCCUGAUAGAGGCUUCAGAGGAAAAACAUGAAGGUUUUGAGACUAUCGUGGCUGCCCUGGACUCAAUCCCAUAUAAGAACGAUAAGAAUACAACAAAACCAGUGAGUCUUAAUGACCUCAUCCUCGAUCCUAAGAAUAGGAAACUUUAUUACCGAUACAUGGGCUCCCUUACUACUCCUAAUUGUGAUGAAAAGGUCGUCUGGACUGUGUUUAAGACUCCUAUACGAGUUCAAGGAGAUCAGAUCUCGAAAUUUUCCCAAAAACUGUUCUAUAAUGAGAAGAUUUUGAAAAAGAACAGCACGAACAGCACGAUCAGCUCGAACAGCACGAUCAGCUCGAACAGCACGAUCAGCUCGAACAGCACGAUCAGCUCGAACAGCACGAUCAGCUCGAACAGCACGUCCAGCUCAGAGCGCAAAGAUAUGCCCAUCAUAGACAACUUCCGGCCAAUACAGAAGGAUGGGGGCCGUUCAGUCUUUCACAGUGGGGUGGAAGGACUACUGCCCCAUACCUGGCCCACGUUUCUGGCCCCUCUGCUGACCUACCUCCUGGCCGUCCUCCUCUACUGAAAGGUCCUGGACUUGGGUCUUCUGGAGCCUGGACAUUUGACCUGCUGGCCUCUGAGUUUUCACAGAUAUACUGUAUAACUGUAUAUAUAUUUUUAGAUAAACUUUUCCUCUGCACCUCA